UUCACAUUCAGAUCGUUUUGACUUUUAUUAAGCUGAGCUUUCGUGCUUUGUCGUCUCUGAAUAUUUCACCUCCACAUCCAACACUAGCUUUCCUGCGUUUCUUCCAGAUGGAGGUCUCUGUGAUGCGGUGCACUUGGGCGGCUCUCUGCAUCGCCGUGUUGGUGAUGUCAGGCUCUGCAGAAGGUGCAAGUUUGGAAGUAACAAAAUCGACGAAAUCAGACCCAUUGUACACUUAUGACUUCACCCUUAACAUCAUCAACCGCAUCUUCAAUGAUUCUCUCCUCAACCCCAAAUCUCAAGACUAUAAAGUCAUGUAUGAGGAAAUUAGCAGUGCGCUCUACUCUGUCUACGGCUGCCCAGCUUGUGACACACACUCAAUUUAUCAAGGUGUAAAAGCCAUGACCUUCAGUAACAAAACUGGAUCUGUGGUUGUUCAGGCCACCCUCAUUUUCCUCCAAGGACAAAUCAAUUCUGUGGUGAUCAAAUUUCUAUUUCUGCAGGCCAUCAAUGGCAGAAAUGAAAUAAACGGGUUUAAAAUCAACCCUGAAUUCACACGGGUCAUAUCAGGAUCAGCUCUUGUGCCAAGUGUCUCCAGCACUUCCCAACCAACUAGUACGACCACCACUAGCACCACCAUUCGCCUAACGACUUAUCCUUGUGAAACCUUUACUUCAACCAAUCAUCCUAUUAAUGAUCUCUUUAUGUGUGACCCCUUUCUCUCAAGCACUACUACUACUACUACUACUACUACUACUACCCCAACCACUACUCCUGCUACUACUGCUACUACCCCAACCACUACUCCUACUACUACUACUACUACUACUACCCCAACCACUACUCCUACUACUCUUCCAUCCACUACCCCAACCACUAUUACUACUAGCCUUCCAACCCCUACCCCAACUACUACUCCUACCACUCCCCAAAAAGUACAUAGACUGACAUGGUAGUGGCAACUAUGGGGUGUAUUAUCAGUGGUGGUGUUAAUGCGUUUAAAUGCUGGGUACAAUUAUUUGCCCCUUCAUUAGAGACACCUAACAUCUUGAUCUUUCUUGUAGUGAUCAACAUAAUCUACAUCCUUAAACAACACUUGACACCAACCCUCAUCCAAUAAGAAUGAAUACCUUUUAGUGUCCAAACAAAUGGUUGAUGGUACUGAACUGUAAAUAAGCCGGACCAACUCAAACGUGUGGCUUUCUGCCCCUCACCAGAGAUACACAAUUUUAGAGAGUAAAGGAUUCAGAUUCAGAUGAAAAUAACUAGUAACAAUGCCGGAUCUGUGGUUGUUCAGGCCACGAACAUGUUCUAUAUAAACCAAACCAAUUCGCUGGUAAAUAAAAUCUGUUUUUUUGCAAGCCAUCUAUGCCAAAAAUUAAAUAAAUUGCCUGCAAAUUAACUCUGAAUUCAUACAAUGUAAAAAUAAAUUCUGACUUUAGUGAAAAUCUGACUCUAAAGUGCAAAAUAUAAUAUAAUGAAUGCAAUGAAACAUACUAACACUAAACUCUUUUAACAGACAUACCCCAAUCAGCUCCUGCACUUAUGAGCACUUCCCAUUCAACCACUCCUCCAAUUACUCCUACCACCACUCCUCCAAUUACUCCUACCACCACUCCUCCAAUUACUCCUACCACCACUCCUCCAAUUACUCCUACCACCACUCCUACAAUUACUCCUACCACCACUCCCACAAUUGCUCCUACCACCACUCCUCCAUUUACUCCUACCACCACUCCUACAAUUACUCCUACCACCACUCCUCCAAUUACUCCUACCACCACUCCUACAAUUACUCCUACCACCACUCCUACAAUUACUCCUACCACCACUCCUCCAAUUACUCCUACCAUUACUUCUCCAAUUACUGCUAUCAGUAUUCCUCCAAUUACUCCUACUAACACUUUUCCAAUUAUUCCUACCAUCACGUCUUCAAUUACUCAUAGUAUUAUUACUCAUUUAAUUUCUUCUACCACUUCUCAUCCAAUUACUUCUAUCAAUUCUCCUCCAAUUAUGCUGACCGUUACUCCUCUAUUUACUCCCCCAGUUAUAUCCAACACUGCUUCUAUAAUUGCUUUUCCAAUUACUUCUAACAAAAUUUCUCCUAUACCCCUUUUCCACCAAAAAGAACCGGGUGCUGGUUCAGAGCUAGCACUGGUGCUGGUUCAAAGUUGGUUCCACUGGUGAACCUUGCAUGAACCGGUUUGUCUUUCCACCGGCUAGAGAGCCAUUACAGAGCCGAGUCUGACGUCACUGUAUACGUGUCACGUGUGCCAGCAACGUCAGCGCAGCAGCUGCAAACACAAACACAUCAAUGGCGGAUGUUUGAGUGCUGGUUUUGUGAACCUACAUUAACACCCAAACGCGGCGAAUCCAACGUGUACGUGCAGCUCCAUGUAAUCUGUAUAAACGGAGGUUGUAAUCGAGAAAGUACAUAACGUUAUUUUAUCAUUAACACAGAAAAAAGUUAGCCUUAGCAUGUAGCUACUUACUAUCAUGUGUGCUGAUAAUGUAUCAUAUCACGGUAAAGUAAAAGUGUAUUAAACAUUAGUAUACUUAAGGUACAUUAUCAAAUGCGCUAACAGUAGCCCCACCCACAGCCCUUGACACAAGUGGUUCUUAAGUCUAGACCAGCAACGUUUUGGUGCUACUUAAGAACCACUUUUCCUGGUUCAGAGCCGGUGCUUUGGCUGUCAAAAAAGAAAGAAAUGGUUCUAAAUAAGGCUCCGAACCAGCACUCAAACUCUACAAUUUCUUCCACAGCAUUUGAUGAACAACUAUCAAUACCACUUGUCGAACCACUACCCCUAACAUCCAUCAGACCAUUACCUCUACCAUCUAUCAAACCACUACCUCUGUGACCUAUUGAACCACUACCUCUACCAUCUAUUGAACCACUACCUCUACCAUCUAUUGAACCACUACCCCUACCAUCUAUUGAACCACUACCCCUACCAUCUAUUGAACCACUACCCCUACCAUCUAUUGAACCACUACCCCUACCAUCUAUUGAACCACUACCCCUACCAUCUAUUGAACCACUACCCCUACCAUCUAUUGAACCACUACCCCUACCAUCUAUUGAACCACUACCUCUACCAUCUAUUGAACCACUACCCCUACCAUCCGUCGAACCACUACCCCUACC